GAACUGGUGGCGGUGAUUAGUCAUUCCCUGUGUGAGUGUGUGUGUCUGUGUGAGUGACUGUGUGCCUCCUCUCUCAGCCCGGGGAAGGGGGAGCGCCGCAGCACUUCAAAGACAUAAUACAGCGCUCACGAUCCUUCAAAUCAGUCUUCCCUUCCCCCUAAAACGCCAGUAGACAUCAAUUAGCUUUCCCAUUAGUCACUCAAGUCAUUCAUCAACUCGCAGACUCCCAACACGCGCGCUGAUUGGCUCCCAUGACCCUUGGCUCCUCCUCUUGGGCGGAGACUCAGCCACUCAUCGCACCGGAGGAGAAUAUUUACGAGCUGAGCAGCCAAUCAGCGUCAAGACUGAGCGGCUGGGGAGUGCGGGGCGUCGCCGGUGUGGCUGCAGGGGGCGGGGUGAGGCGGGUAAUCAGUUUGUAACGUGGAUAAGGAGCAAUUUGGCCACAGUUCCUUUUGAGUGGUUAUCAGGAGGCGAGGCUGGGAGCAGUGCUGGCUGGCGAGUGUUGUGCCGAGUACCGCCCUGCCUUGGCUUCCCGACGCCCGGGGUUCUGCCUGGACUCAUCACCUCACAAACCCGACCACAGCUUUCCGACCGCCCUACACCCUUCCAACCUUCUCCCUGCCGCCGUGUGGGAGAUCGCGGCGCUGCAGGCUCUUCCCACGACCUGUCCAGCUUGCCUUCACCUCUUCGCCGCCGCCGUCGCCGCCACCGUCGCUGCAAACUCCGCGGAGUGACGGUCGGCUGAGUGCUCGUGCCCCCCCACCCCACACCCAGCCUUUCCCUCCCUCGUCGCUCCAUCUCGGUCGUUAACGGAGCUUCAGCCUAAUAAGCUCCUGACGAGGCUCCCCACACACGCCCUCCAGUAUCCCGAAGCACCAGCAGCGGCAGCAACACUCUAAGCAGCUACCGAACCCCGCCCCUCUCUUCUCCGCCUCCUCUAGUAGCCAGUUAGAGGAGACAGGAAAGAGAUACAAAGCCAGAACACUCGCAAGCACCAGCCAUCGCCUACCAGAGUGCCGUGUUUGUUGUGUUUUCUCGUGUUUGUGUUCCCCAGCACGUGCCUUCGUCAGUGCCCCGCGUGCCGUCCCCUCGUGCCUUCAGUGAGUGAGUGGCUUCCUCCGUGCCUUACGCGCCCUGAUUCCGAGCCGCGGUGAUUGAUUUUUUUAGGUGUCUGGUGAGGUCGUGACUUCAGGAAAGCUGCUGGUGGGUGUUGUAUCUUCGCCACCUUCAGUUCUCCCUACAGGCAUCCCCGCGUGCCUUCGCUCUUAGUGUGUUCGUGUCCGUGUGAGUAUCGCCGUCCGUGAACUACAUGCGCGUGGACGGACACUGAAAAUUUAACUUGCACCUUAGUUACUGUCCGUACGUCUCCUGUGUGUACGUAAUACCAGCGGCGUGCGUGUCCGUGCGCGCGUAUGUGUGUGUGUACCCCGGUGACUCCCUCCCUGCAGCAGUAAGCCGGGAGGAGCUGCAGGCGGCGGUGGAGGAGGAGGGGGCGCCCACAGUGCAGGUUGGCGAGCGGCGCGGGCCCCAGGCAGUCGUCGGGGUGGAGUUCCCGGCAAUGUUUCCCCCGGGGAGCGCGGGCGGGUACGGCCAGGAGGGCGGCCAGAACCUGCUCACGCCCUCCAUGUAUUCCUCCCACGCCCACACCCACAUGCUGCCCUACAACUCCUAUUCCACGCAGCUAGUACAGCCAUCCACGCCCUCCCCAUCCAUGUGGCAGUCCCCCGCCCACACCGCCCUCGCGCCCACAGCACCGCCCACCGAACAGACCUUCUCCUCGCCCCUAGGCUUCAACUGCGGGCGUGAUGGGUACCUCCAGGGCGCGGGCGGGCAGAGUCUCCAGGCGCCCAUCAGCCACUACCAGGCCUACGCCCAGAUGAACCAUGGCAUGUGGCGCCACUACGACAUGGGCCUUCAGGGCAUCGCAAAUUACCCCGGCAGCGAGUUCUGUUCGGAAAGCCGCGAGUGUGUGAACUGCGGCGCCGUGCAAACCCCGCUGUGGAGGAGAGAUGCUACCGGCCACUACUUGUGCAACGCGUGCGGCCUCUACACCAAGAUGAACGGGAUCAACAGACCUCUUAUCAAGCAUUCCAGGAGGCUGGUUAGUGUGGAGGACGGCUUCUCCUUCCAAACAUCAGCGAGGAGAAUGGGCCUCAUGUGCUCCAACUGCGGCACCACCACCACCACCCUCUGGCGGCGGAACAACGAAGGGGAGCCAGUAUGCAACGCCUGUGGCCUGUACUACAAGCUGCACGGCGUGAACCGUCCGCUGCAGAUGCGUAAAGACUCCAUCCAAAGCCGCAAGAGGAAACCCAAGAACAAGAAGACGGAGGAAGGCACCGAGGACAAGGAGAAGGAGAAGAAGGCUCCGGAGGACAAACCCACGAAGGAGGGAGAGCGGCGCCCAUCCGAUCCCGCCACGCCCGUCGUCACCAAGCCCCCGCCGCCGCAACAACCGCAGCAGCAACCACAGCAGCAGCCCCCGCCGCAGCCGCCCCAAGGCCAGGGCCAGCAGAGCCAGGCCGCGGCUCUCCCCAGCACCAGCAGCCAGCCCAGCGUGAAGGUGAAACAGGAGAACCACUCGUCCUUCACGCCGUUGCCCACAUCACCCACCGGCCUCGUCACCUCGCCCAUCCCGCCCACCCUCAACUGUACCACCACUAACGGCAUGUUCGGCCCCUACACCUCGGGCUCCACAAACUUCGCCAAGCUCAUGAUAAGCUAGAGGCGAAGGCUGCACGUGUAUCCCCAACCUUCCCCCCUCCCCCCGCCGGACACGCUCCUCAGCACGCUUUUCUUUUGUUUUGUGUACCAAAUUAUGUGUGUAGUGAGUGCCGUCGCCGCCGCCGCCAACGUUCCGUCGCCGCCACGCUACUCCCCCCGCGGCGUGACGAGCAAGAGUCCAGAAUGAGGUGACGUGGCGCGGCUUCUCGCAGUGUGACGUAGUGUGACGGGAAGAUAUUGCAAAUAUAAAACUAAUAUUUCAAAACUCCUCCGUCGUGAUCCAACGCCCGAUGUGUCCCUUGCGGAUGACUGUGACAUCGCCUGGGUGUGGAGGAGCGGCUUGCGCGGAGGAGUGGGCGGAGAAAGCCCGCCUCCCAUUCAUCAUGCUUCCUCCACGCUGCAGAAAAGCGGAGUUCUGGAGACACGUGGGUGUUGAUUAUGGAGGAGAGAGAGAGAGAGAGAGAGAGAGAGAGAGAGAGAGAGAGAGAGAGAGAGAGAGAAGAGAGAGAGAGAGAGAGAGAGAGAGAGAGAGGAGGGCUGGAUGCGCUAGCCAUUCCUUCAUACAACGAAACAUCAGGUAGACCUUCCACUGGUCCUCCCGUGUGUGUGUGUGUGUGUGUGUGUGUGUGUGUGUGCAUGGCCGCCACGCCCCUGCCUGAGUGGCGUGGGCAGUGCGGGCGGGCAGCGGUCCCUCUCUCCCGCUGCCCCGCCACGCUCUCUCACUUCGCGUACUCUUAAGAUUAUGCGACAGACAAAGGAACUAAUGGAUGUUCAAACUGCAUUUCCUUUUUUCUUAAAUAAUCAAACGUUGCUCGUAGAUAUUAAUAUUAUAUUCAUACGUUGUCCGUCUGCCAAGUUUUAUUUAUUUUCUCUCUAAUAAAUAAAUAAAUAAAAAUAGAUAUAUGUUAACUUUAAAAAAAGAAGAAACUUUCUGUUGGAGGAAAGUUUCGUUACAUAUUCAUUGCUUGAGACAUUGUACAGGACGACUCGUGGACUACCUUGUUCCUAACGUGAGGCUUCGUCGCGCUUUCCCUUCAGCUGAUCCUCUUUUGUACACUAAUCCUGUUCCAGUCUGACGCGGGGAGUCAGCUUGUGCCAGCGUCCCCCUUCCCCGCAGCCCCGCGCCUGUACAUAGCCCCGCCCCUCCCCCUCCCCAUGGUGUAGGUGAAGCUUCUAUGAGUGAGGCGUGUGACCAGCCGUCAGGUGCGCGCAUUGGCCAGCUGAAGCGUGGAGUCAGCACCGCGUCAGCACAAGUCAGCGACACUCAGCGACGGUGGUGUUGUCAUUGGAUGUAACCUUCCACGUGUCACGGCCCUACUGACCCCUCUUAUGAUGACUUAUGUGCCCGACGGGUGAUGUAACCAUUUAGAUUUGUAAGGUUCAGGCUGACACUGCGCUGCACUCUCGCGUCAAUCGGCGCUGAAUGUUUCGCCGACAACGGACACGAGCAAAGGAAGGCAAAGAUUUUUUUUUUCUCAUACUUUUCUUACGUGUGGUUAGGUUAAAUGGAGAGAAUGCUAAAGGGAUUCUUACGUAGGUCUCUCUCUUCAAUACUUUCCUGGGACGCGGUCAGGUCAUAAAAGAAAUCAAGAAUAUAAAGAGAGUCGGUUCUUAAUCUUAUUGCACGGUCUUACUUUUGAACAAGUUUGGAAAGACUACCGUAUUGGGUUCUCUUCCUCGUACUAUUUCCUUUAGACGCUGGUAUGGAAAGUAAAAAGAAAACGGGAUGCUUUUCUUCGUACACUUUCCUUCACUCUCAAGUACCGCAUGCAAGUUGCGUGUUUCCAGCGCCGCAGCGAGCCAGUGUUACCAGAUGAGAUUGUUUGUGUGUUGUGCGACAGCCGUCCAAGCAUGUCGUGUGUGUGUGUGCGUGUGUGUGUGUGUGUGUGUGUAAAAUACGUGUUUGUCCAGCCUCUUGGCCAGCUUAUAGUGUAACUCUCAGUGAUUUGAUUAUUAUAGACUUACGAAUGACUGUAUAAUUGCUGUAUAUUGAUUAACCCCCAAAACCGUCUUUUUUCUGUCCCGUCCCGCGCGGCUGCACGUUUCAGUCGCUCUGUGGAGGACCAAAUAAAUCUUGUUCAGGGCUA